CAAAAUGGCGGAUGACAGCAAAAAGAGAACGAAGUGAAUACUUCUUUUGAAAAAAUAGCUUUAUUGCUAUAAGAUUAUAAAGAUGUUUGCUGGAUCGGAUAAUAAGAAGAAUGAAUCAGUCGUCUCCAAGGCGCAAGCAGCUCGACAGCAGCGAGCAGAGGAAAGAGCGAAAGAAAAAGCAGCUCUAAAAAUUCAGGCAUGGACGAGACGGGUUGUUUGUGUGUCCAAAUUAAGAAAACAAAUAAGAGAGGAGUUUGAUGCAUUUCUUGAGGAAGAGAGUUCUUCAUCAAAAACAUCAGCAAUAACAGUUUUCCACAAGAUCAGAAGAUUUCUAUUUAUUUUUCAAGACAAAUAUGAUGCAAAGAGAUUGGUCUCUUUGUGCAGAAUAAUAUUGUCAAGUAUGGAGCAGAACAAUCCUAAAGUCUGGUAUAUAUCAGUAGCAUUGUCUCAAGAUCUGAUUCUUCUGUGGAUUCAGCAAGUUAAGAAUAUUCUAUGGCACUGCUGUAGAUUGAUGAGAAAGCUCAAGCCUCAUAUUGGAAAUGACUCUAAAGAAAUCAUCAUUUAUUUAAAUAUGUUAAUAACCUUAACUGACUGUUCAAAAUGGAAAAUUUUAACUGCUAAAGGAGGUGAUGCAUUGAAGCCAAGCUUUCAGCAACUGUGCUCCAAUAUUCUUGGAUUUCUGAAUACCAAGGGGUUUUACCCAGUGCUGAAGGAUCUUCUGAUGAAUGGUCUUGCUCGCUCAUCUCCAUCUCUCAAAGUAGUUCCCUUAACUGCAGCCACCACCUUGUCUUUGAGAUCGUUGGUGCUCUCUCAGUUUUCUGAAAAUCUUUGUAGUUUAUUCAUACUUAACAUUUUAUCUGUACCUGGACUUGUUCUUCACCUUUCUUCAAUUGCUCCUGAGAUGCUGAAAAGAUUCCAAAGCAUCAUGUUGUUCAGUAAAGUGAUAGACUUCAUGAAGUCAGAACAGAGAAGCAGAAUAACAUAUAACUCCCUUGAAUGUGGAUACUCCUUGUGUUUACUUGCUAACAUAGUAUCCUUAUCACAGCUGGGAGAUGAGGCUUUGAAGCAAAAUUUAAGAGACUUCAUAGUUGUAGUGUCGAGAGUGCUUCUCUACUGUCAGUCAUAUGUUGCUAAGAAACAGAGUAGCCUUACUAACUGGCAUCCCCUUCUUGGAUGGUUUAAACAAAACACUGAUCAGAGGUUAAAUGAUUCGAUCCCGCACGUCACCAAGCAGCUACAAAUAUUAUGGCAUCGGUCUACCGUACAGUUGUUAUUUGAAGACCUCAAAGCUGUUACUGAUCUGGAUAAAGAAGCGCAGUCCAGGGAACAAAAUAGAAAAGAUUCGAAGUCCCUGUGGAGUCUGUUUGGUUCCCUGCAGCGUGGCAACAGAUCAAGUAUCAAAGUCAGUCAGUCACAAGUCGAACUAGUGUCUAAUGUAUGUGUCAUGUAUCAGACGAUGGUAACCACUUUCUCUCUGAUAAGGCUGGAUAUAUUGACAGGUUUGAGUUAUCAGGAAGAGUUUCUCGUGCGUCUUUGGCGGUUUUUCGUGUUGAUCGGUAACAAUGGCGGACCAGAGCUGGUACUGAACAGCAUCACACGAUCAGGGGUCAACUGCUCUCACGCUCUACAGUCAACUCUUACACUAUUCUUUGACUGUUGUGGCCAUCUACUACCGAUCGUCGAUGACCAAGAAAUGUACGAGCAGCAGAAACCCUUCAGCUUGGACGAUCUUGUUCACAUGUCAACGUUUCUUAACAAACUCGUCUUUAAGUUGUACUGGAACGAGAUUACUGACGAGAAUAAGCCACAGAGCGUGUCUGCAGAGACUCUGCUCAACUCAGGUCACAGUCUCUUGAUGAUAUUGUACGACAGAGACUGUAGAAGAUCUUUCACACCACCCAACCACUGGCUCAUCAAGGAGGUCAAGUCGAACACUUUCAGGGCUGAGCUUGCUGAAGGCAGACGAAGAGCUUGUGUCAUUUUACAGAAGAUACCCCACGUGAUGCCGCACAUAGAACGUGUACAGUUGUUUCGUGAAUGCGUGGCUAAAGACAAAGAAGUCCUGGGAAUAACACGACCAAACGAUGACUUUGUUCCUCAGGGAACAUUGAUAACGGUCCGCAGAAAUCGUCUUCUGGAGGAUGGUUACGACCAGCUAUCGAAACUCUCUCCUAAAGUACUAAAAGGAGUCAUCAGGGUGCGCUUCAUCAACGAACAAGGUCUCCCAGAGGCUGGUAUUGAUCAAGAUGGCGUCUUCAAAGAAUUUCUAGAAGAAACUAUCAAAAAAGCAUUUGACCCAGGCCUUAACUUAUUCAAGACGACUACUGGUGACGAGCAGCGGUUGUAUCCCUCUUCAACCUCAUUCGUUCAUGAUAAUCAUCUGAAUCUAUUUGAAUUUAUUGGGAAAAUGCUGGGAAAAGCUGUUUAUGAGGGAAUUGUUGUAGAAGUGCCAUUUGCUUCCUUCUUCCUAAAUCACGUUCUUGGUCAUCAACACAGUUCAAUGUACAGUUCUAUCGAUGAACUGCCUUCACUGGACCAAGAGUUGUACAAGAGUCUGACCUUUAUCAAGAAUUACGAUGGUGACAUAAGAGACCUCGAUUUAAGUUUCGCUUUUGAGGAAGAUGUCUUGGGAAAGGUCGUCACCCAUGAACUCAAGCCUGGAGGAAGUGUUAUUCCAGUCACGAACGAAAAUAAGAUCAGCUACGUUCACCUUAUGGCUAACUAUCGAAUGCGCUUACAACACCACAACCAAACCAAAUCCUUCAUCCGGGGAUUCAAAUCUAUAGUGCGUUCUGAUUGGCUGCGUAUGUUCUCGGCCCCAGAGCUACAACGUCUGAUCUCUGGUGAUAACGCAGCUCUGGACUUGUCUGAUUUAAGGAAGCACUCUCGUUACUAUGGAGGUUACCAUAGCGGCCAUCGUGUAGUGGUUUGGCUGUGGGAGAUCCUGGAAAAGGAUUUCAAUGACAAAGAAAAAUCACAGUUUCUGAAGUUUGUUACCAGCUGUUCUAAACCUCCUUUGCUUGGCUUCGAGCAUCUUGAACCGCCUUUCUCUGUCCGUUGUGUGGAAUGCAGUGAUGACGAGGAUGAUGGUGAUACGGUGGGAAGUGUCAUUCGAGGAUUCCUGAACAUCAGGCGUCGACGUGAGCCCGUAGGAAGACUACCAACAGCAUCAACCUGCUUUAACCUGCUUAAACUACCCAACUAUCAUAAAAAAAGUACGCUCAAAGAAAAACUAAGAUACUCGAUUCAAUGUAAUGCUGGCUUUGAACUCUCAUGACAUAUGUCUAUGACAUUCCAUAUCACGUGCCCAAAAUUUAUUUUCCCCCAAAAAAUGGCAUGGAAACACUUUGAUUGACGUGUAACGUAACAGGACAAUAAUACAAUUCAGAAGAAGAGUAAAAUAAAGGAGAAACAGCAGACGCCUGCCUAGGCCUGGAUCGACAUCGGCUCUUCUCUUCAGCAAGAAGGAAGUGGUUAAUUUUGAAUACUAAUAUAGAAAGCACUCGGGCAUAGCAACUUGUUCCUUCUUGUCAAGAUGAUUGGCAAACCAUGCAGUAAACCAUACAAUAUAAAGUGAAAGUACAUAACGUAAAAAUAUCUAGAAGUUUCAAAAUCAUCUUUAAUUCAAAAUUAAUAAUUGAAAAGUUAAAAAUGUGUUACAAAACCCUUUAAAAAUACCAUACCGUAAACCUUCGAAAAUAAGCUCUACUUUUUAUACUUGUUCAACGUGCCUUUGUGGUCUUGGAUCAAAGCAAUAGAAAAACAAUAGAAUCACGUGAUAUUGGGGUUAUUAAUUUCUGGCUAAAAUAUUAAUAAAGAUAAAUUAAACUUG